UGCAAUCAGUGGAGGGGGAAAUGUUGUCUCUAACCAAGGUGACAAGAUCAGAGAUGGGUGCAUACUUGUGCAUCGCUGCCAAUGGUGUUCCUCCUUCCGUAAGCAAGCGCAUGAUGGUCCACGUCCAUUUUCAUCCACUCAUCCAGGUCCCAAACCAACUGGUAGGUGCGCCGAAAGGCACCGACGUUACUCUGCAGUGUCAUGUAGAAGCGUCGCCAAAAGCCAUCAACUACUGGACAAGGGAAUCCGGUGAGAUGAUAAUCGCCAAUGAGAAGUACAACAUGACAGAAAUCAACAGUUCUUACUACAGUGUACAAAUGCGUCUCACCGUUAGAAACUUCCGCAAAUCCGAUUUUGGAGGCUAUAAAUGUAUUUCGAAAAAUUCUAUCGGCGACGCAGAAGGCAACAUCCGGCUGUACGAGAUGGAAUUACCGAAUCGCAUGAAGAGCGCGCUGGAGCGAGAGGACCUGGACCUCGAAGCCAGUAAUGAGGCCGACAGUGAGCCCGGCCAGCACCUGUACAACGGCUACCAGGGCCCGCUGAGGGAGUCGGGAGACGGUGGUGUUGUGGGCGGCGAACCCGGGGAAGAUGGUUCAUCUGUAGCCAGCAGCUGGAACUAUGCGUCCCGCCUGUUUAGCGCCCUCGUCCUCAUCCAUUUGUUGUGAAGAGUUUGGCGCCAUGUUGGCUCAGGUGUUUUAGAAACGUCAAUGUCGCCCAUUUAAACCGUGUGUGUUGUUUUUCUGAAGCGCAGACUUCGAUAUAUAUCGAAUGACAGCACGUGAGUCCGACAAUGCUUGUAGAUGCACUGUCGUAUGUGGAAACGAUAAAAAAGCGUCCUCUAUGAAAUACUUUUAUAGUCCAAUGGCAUGGCAUGAACAUUGUGAUAGUUUUUAGCAGGAAACAGAAACAUACUGCGCUUGAGUGACAUACUGACUGCCCGAAUUUACGACGAUAAUUCUGAUUUAGAGGGAAAGCUCAAAUAAUGUCAGAAGCAGAUUGAGUUAAGGCGGGAUAUACUGACAUGACGCAAUAUAGCAAACGACAUUCUUAUAAGGAGCUGUGGUUCUCACAGCGGUACAUAAGAAGAUUUAUGUCCCAGAUGUUAGAACUAGUCUGACAAUAUACUUAUAAAGUCUUAAAUGAAAGUUUAGAACGGGUUUGCAUUUUGUCAAAGGAAUACAUUCCACGGAGAUGAACAUAGCGAUUCGCAAAUUGUGUUCCGUGGAGCACUGAGGUUUCGUAAGGCAAUUCCAUCAGUUCCUUCGAGUUAAUUAUAAUAAAGGCUCAAGUUGCAGGAGACUGGACAAAACUUCGUAAUGUGGAGAUACAUAAUUUGUUUGCUUGUACCCAAAUAUUGGUUGGGUGAACAAACCAUAGGGGCCGAGACUGACAGAGCGUGGGAGAUGAUACAAAAUAUUAUUCGGGAAACCUGAAGGGAAUAGACCAAACUUGGGGAGGGGUAAUAUUAAAGCGGAGCUAAAAGAACACCACGCUCUAUUUCCAGUGUAGGGUUUUGACCUGAUUUCAUUUGGAUAAGUUAAAGGACGAUGCAUUAUGAAUAUGGAAGUUAGCCUUCGGGAUCCAUGAAACAUGUUAAAUUUCUUGACUUGGUGCGUGAUUGGCAAGUUCUGGAAUAAUUGUAAAACGAACUUUAAGCCUUUAUAAAAAUUAAAACACAUAAUAUAUAUAUAUAUAUAUAUCUUCUACAACUUCCGAAAUGAUAACUGGGAGUAUAAAAUAUUUCACAGACUCCAGAUUUUUAAUACUUAUUACAUUCAGGAGCUUAACAUCUAAAUCAUUUGUGGAAAAACUUCCUUUGCUUGAGGCCUGAGGCACCUUGCAACCUUGUAUGCGACAGAAGCUCUAAUCUUUGACGGAAAGCGAGAAACAUGAAGCAGGGCUGCCACCACCGUGAGAAUCGGGCACACUACUAGACUUCAUUCUGUCCGUAACACCAACCCAUGAUAGUGUAUAGGAGGUACGGUGGUAGGUCUGCGUGAAUUUAAACCUCGGCACUAGGUGUGAGUGGUUAUCACCAUAUUCGGGCAACUUUACCCUCGAGGAAACGGCCCACUGAAUGAGAAUUUCAUACUGUCAGAGUGGCCUGGAUUGGAUUCGGCGCAAAACAGAAGAAUUCCUGUCCUUGUCUGGAACUGAAGCCUCGCCUUCCAGUCUAUGGUCAGUCACUUAAGUAUUUGUAUGGUUCGACUGUUAUCCAGUUUCCGACAGCCAAUCCACAGUCUUCUUUUUUUUUAUGUCCAUAACAUCUUUCCUGUCUUUUUUUUCUCUCUCUUAACGUGAAGCCAAAAAAAAAUGUGUUUUGUCGUACGAAAAGUUUGGGAAAUACUGAAACUGAAACAACUAAAAUUGAUUUAUAGCAGUCACUGUUCCAAUUAAUAUGCAGAAUUUACUACAGAAAAUUCUUAUAUACCGCGUCGCUACUACUGACGAGGAGAACGGUAAUGCACGGUUAUACAUGGUUUGAAUCAUGCAGACUACUCAUCAAGCCAUCCUAACUUGCUUUAUUGCGAUAUUUUUAUAAUUAAUUUUACAGUUUAUCGUCAGGAUUCUCGUAUUUUCAACCCUGCUCCAAUGAAUUAAAGAGUUUAAAUUAAAAGAGGCUUAACAACAAAAACACUGUUUUUGAGAUAGAAGUUUCCGAAUCAAGUAAACAUUAAAAACAAUUAUUAUUCAGUAUUUUCAUAUUAACUUAAGAAAUGUUCAUCUCUUUCCAUAAGAAUAGAACAUGACUAUACAUAACCAUGUAUAAUCGAAAUAAAUUCAUAACCAUUUAAUUGACACGCUGUUCCAUUAAAAACAAAUUUACAUUUUUGUCAGAAUAUUAUGCGGUAUAAUACGGCAUGUGAUAUCUGUAUGUGGUAUAGUAUAGAAAUAAAUAAUGCUAAGUAAUCAUAUUUCCAAGAAGUGAACACGAAACGCAUUGCAAUGCAUCGAAGGAAACCCGAGUGGCAGCCUUCGAAGUGUCUAAGAUUUUUUCUGUCCAGAGAAAGAAUUCCCUUAACAGUGCUAAAUAACUGUCACAGAAUUAUUAUAAAACGCCAUUUCCUUUUUGAUCCUUUAAAGUGGUAACUAUAUGUUCCACCAGUUUUAAUUUUUAAAACUCUGUGUUUUAGUCACACAGUAUGUGUACCUGCCCUGUUUGAUUCUGUGAACAAAUAGCUCAUAUUUCCCUACAUAUCAUUAUCUGAUUGGUUUUCGUAAUGGAUGCGAAGUAUUUUCUGUAAGGUAGGAAUAGAAUUCUUAAACGCGAGUAUUACUUGCAAGAAGCUCCGAAAUGGAUAAGUAGCAAAAUAUUCAUUAUACUUAAUUUUGUACUGUAAAAUCCAAGCCGAAAUUGGACCUGUCGUGCCCUAAGAAAUCUGCAGUGUUACAGAAGAGGGGCGUUAGUCAACAUAAAAAAUAAUAUUUUAGCUUUUCACGGCUUGAUUAUGAAGAAUUCCGUCUUCUGGGAUGU